CCGCUCGGGAGUCACAACAAGUGACGCAGCAAGUUCGUACCGUACCACCCACUGGUCCUCCGAAGCCAGCGGGAAAAAAAGGCGGUGCUUUUGUGCCUCGGUACCGGUCGACGCUCGCAACAAUGGUUGAUAUGUCCGAUUUGAAGGAUGGUGCUUUACGUGAAAUCGUUAUGGAUGAAAGUGUCUUCGGUAUUGAAUUCAAGUCACUUAUUACAAUUGAUGACUUGGAGGAGAUUUUUAAGCAUGAUCAACUAGGCGUCACUAACAUGCACUCAUACAUCCGGUUGUUGUAUGACAGAGUGUUGCGCGGGACUCCGUUGUCUAACAGAUUCCGUUUCGUGUCUUCCGCCCACUGCAGCGGAAUGGCAAUUGCUUCGGAACCGGAAUCAGUUAGACAGCGCUUAGUAGAUAGAUUCAUGUCCACCGGCAAUACAGAAAGUCUGCAUCUUUGGGCGUAUAAUACCCGACCAGUAGGAGCACACUGGUUGCUGCUUGCUAUCAACCCUAUAAGGGAAGUCGUGUAUUAUCUGAAUUCGGUAAAUGGUGAAUGGACCAAUUAUCCGGCCAUGAAGGACAUCGUUGAUUUAUCAAUACAAGUGUUCCGAAGUCAACGGGACGCACAGGUAUCCCGAACUAAAUCUAACAACAUUACUUGGAUCCAAGUGCAGUGUCCGCAACAGCGAAACAGUUACGAUUGCGGAUACUUUGUUUUGAGGUAUAUGAAAGAAAUCCUUCAGGCGAAUCAAUUAGAGAUUCCGCUCACGUACCUUGACGAAUUCCGUGCUGCUGCGUACCCGAAGCUUAAGUUGGAAGAAAUCAAAGAAGAUUUGUGUCAAUUUUAUAUUAAGCGCUUUUUCAUGUAGGAUUUGUGUCGAUUUGAACUAUAAUAUUAUUGAUGUUGUAA